AUGACUGCAGAUGAAGAGAGUAAGUUUAAGGAAGCAGUUGCCGAUUUGCCACGAGAUGACAACUUGCCUAUUAAAUCAGUCGUCUCUGCCUUAAGUAACGGCAAUUUCUUCACGUCAUGCCCGUCUGCAACAGAAUUUACAAAGCAACAGAAAACCACAAUGGAAAUUAAAAAAAUGAAUUUUUUAUGUAUAUAUUACUGUAACUAGAAAUCAGUGUUUAACCCAAAUAAAUAGUGUCAAAAUCAGGGUUAGCCUUCUAGGAUGUCUUCGACUUUUUUUUUCUAACAGACAAACAGAUUUUUUGGUAUAAUUAGCGACACUGACUUACAUAUACAACUAUAUAGUUCAUUUCAAAUCUAUAUCACGAGCGGCGUCUCUGGGCCCCUCGUGUAAAAGUCAUGCAGGUAUAGAUUUGAAAUGAACUUGAAAAUAUGAUUCCAACUUGUGCCUAAAAAAAGUCGCUCUCUAAAUGACAUAUCUAUGUAGGAAGCAGUUUGUGACCGUGCAUGUAUUGGCUUGUAUGCAAGGCAAUUAAUAUUACUCCUUAGGGUGUGGCCAGAAAAUAAUGGAAAGCCCCUGUAUGUGACACAUACCCUUCGCGACAAGACAUCAUCCGGCAGCCCAGCAAAGUCGCUUUGGGACGAGGAGUUGAAGGCAUUCAGAGAUACAUGUUGAAGUUGCGGCCAAUAUAUGCUAAUAAAAAUUCAGUGGUACCAGCAGCGGCAGGGAGGGCAGCUCUCCAAUUGAAAGGACCAGGGCGGCCCAUGUGUCCAAUUCGAAUCAUGAUCAGUCUGAAAUGGAUCAAUUAGAUCUCAAUUAAUUAGAGAUGAAUGAAUGAAAGAAUUAAGAGAUUAAUUAGAUUAAACAAUUCCAAUAUUCCUCUCGUGGAAAUAUGCAUGCAUUGCACCUGUGAUUCUGCCUGGUUUUGGGAGGGUUGGGCCCAAUUAAUAAUAUUAAUUGCCUCACAUACCAGCCAAUACAUAAUACUGACAGUCAAUUGAUCUGAAAUUCACACGCCCCCAGUGGAGGGGAAUGUCGAACCCCCCCCUGUCCACAUGCAUGCAGGGUUAACCAGGGAGGGUCCCAGCACCGUCUAAAGCCGUUUAUAAUUUUACGCAUCAUUACCUGCUUAUGAUUGUUUAUGUGGAGAAAUUUCCAUCCAGGUCUUGGCAACCAGGCCUGCCCGCUUGUCCACAGAAAUGAUAAUUUUUACUAUAAAAAUAACUAGACAGCUAGAUCUUCACUUACCGGGCUGUCUCACCUAGCGAGCCAGCCCGUUUUGAUAUAAACAGGCCCUUAGACAACUGCUAAAAGCUGCAAGUUUCUUUAAAGCAAUAUCAUCUAUAUCACAGAAUACAGUUUCUGUAGUGACAUACUUCGUGUUUUUUUUUCUGUCUUUAAAGUGUCUUAUGUUUGUAAUAUUUUUGUACAAUACCUUUUUGAAAUUGUUGAUACUAGUCUCAUUGUAACUCAGUUAUUCCUUGUCAAGAAAAAUAAAAAACGAAGCUGUGUGGGUGUGUUUUUGCUCAAGCUAGUUUUUACAUUUACAUGGUUCAUGUACAAUUAAUGUACAUUUAAAUUAGCUUUGUUCAAUGAAUACAGGUGUGAUUCAAAUAUCAUUCCUGUCAGAUACUUGGGUCAAAUAGACAUAAGCAUACCAAAUCAUGCUGUGAAUUGAAAUACAAGUAUAGGGUGUGUAUUGUUUAAUAAAUAUAUUUUCCAGUUAACCCAGUAAGCUGCAUUGUGCCCCAAUGCACCCUACUUUACUAGUUUAUUUCACUUCAUCUAAUGCCAGAUGAUUUUACUUAUCGAGGGAGAGUGCUGCUGCUCAUUGAGCUCUGAUUGGGUUCACUGAGUGGCAGCACUUUCCCCUUGACGAGUGAAAUUGUCUGGCGUUAGACAGAGUAAAAUAAUCUUGCGUUCAAUCAAUCAGCUACUUUUUCAAAAGCUCAACCAGGUUAAAGAUUCUUUGAUUUCAAAACCAAAGUGAUAGUGAACUAGUUAGUUGAAACACACAGAAUUGUUUGAUUUAUUUACUUUCCACAACAUUGACAAUUAAAACCUAAUUUCAUACUUUUCCAGUAUAUUGACAUUAUAUAGGUUCAGAUUUGACUACCAUUACCAUUAAGGGACCAUCAACCAAUCAAAUGCAUAUGAUAUAUUUGAUCAACCAUUAUAAUGCAAGUGUGAGUUUAUUCAUAAACUAAUUAUAAAUCAACUUCCAUGCAAUUCUUCAUGCAAUCAUCUAGUUAUGCACCAGUCAAUGUAAAUCCCUGCCCCCAACCGGGGAGGGGUGGAAGGUUUAACGGGGAAAGUGGUCAGUUUUGAUUAUAAAUUUGUCCCCGAUGAUGGGAGACUUGGACAGUAGUUAACAUAUAUAUCCUGUGUUGCUGUUUUAGUUUUCUUGACAAGAAAAGUUUAAAUACAACAACAUAAAUGAAUUUGAUUUUCUAUUGCUGAUCUAUGAUUAUACAAAACUAUUUUCCCGCAGUUGAGAGACAUGCAGGGGACAUUGAUGUCCCUGGGGGUGGGACAAUUUUGCUCUUUUACUACCCCUCCAAGUUAAAAUCCCUGCCCCUCCCCGGUUGGGGGGUUUACAUUGACUGGUGCAUUAAUUAAAGGUGUGUCAGUGCCACAUAUGUAUUAAAAGCCAACUUGUCAGUAAAGGCCACAGAGCAAGAUUGUAUUUCAAAGAUUGCCAGUGACAAAAACAAUUGAUAGGCUGAUAGGCCUGAAAUAGAGUAUGCCAACAGUUAGUAUACUGCAAAUAACUAUUCUAUCAACAAGAUAAUGUGUGUUUUUAGUACAAAUGUUUUUAUAUAUCAAUCCAAUGGCAUGUAACCUAAAAUUCAGCAGUGUCUGUGUAAUGUAAUACACCCCUUACUUCUCAAUGGUCAAAUUAACUAUACUACAUUGUGUAUAAUAAUAUAUGGACUGGUUAAAAAAUAUAUUGAAUUUAUAACUUAUAAGUGUUGAACUGGUGAACUAUUGAUGUGGAGAUUAUGCCAAGUAUACAAUGGCACAAGGAUUUUCAUGUUAUCAGCAUGAUUAAAUCGUGAGAUUGUGCAAAUAAUCUGUGUAAAUCUCUUAGAGAUAUCCUCAGUAGCUACAUUUUAAGGUAAAAUGACUAUGGUAAAGCUAUUCAAGGCAAAAAAGCAAUGGAUCUGUCAACCUUGUUGUCAACAGUAAAUUUAGCUAAGUUUAUGAUCCAUUUAUUGCCGUAUUUUAGCUGAGAAUUCAUUUAAGACAAUGCAAUACGAUAGACUUACCUUUGAAUUUAUCAUAUAUUCUUUUAAAAUGGUCACCAAAGCUCUAAAACUCGACUGGUAUCGUUUUAACUUCCUCACUCCUUAAUGUUUACAUGUAAAUUUGUCAAAUUACACUUGUUUAGGGCACUGGAAACGAGACACGGCCAAGAUGCGCGAGGCGACAUGCGCGGGGACAUCAACAUCAAAGAUUCCGACAUCGAGUGAGACUUCUGGUCUUAUUAUUUAUUUUGUGCCUAGGCCUUCUAUUUUUAUUUAUAUUUUUUUAAUAUUCAGCGCUUUUUCACAUGAAAAGACUGGGACUAGGUAAUUUGGGGGCGGGGCGGAGGAAGGACACAAGCCUGACGCAAGCGAAAAUGUAGAAGGCCUAGUGGAUUUCCCAACAACAAGGCUAAAACUGCCCUGAAACUGCCCUGAUUGCGAAAUGCCCAAUUGUUGCGUUCUCAAACAGAAUUAUUUGCAACUUAACAGCGAAUUUAAACCGAUACAGGUAAAAUAAACUCAUUUAUAGUAUAAACUUGCUAUUUUUAUUUGUAUACACGUCUAGAAAAUCGGGUUUUUUAUCAUAAAGUUUGAAACAACACUAUUUAUAUAUGUUGACAAGGUGUAGCGAAACGGCACAAAAUAAUAAUUCUUUUAUUCGCAAGACAAUCUACUGUUUUGCUUUGAAUAACUAUAUUUGCGAAUUAGGAAUGAGGAAUUUGAAAUUAGUGUUCAAAUAUUACAGAUAUACCAUUUGUAUAAACAAUGUACGUUUUUAUAUACAGUACUGUACGGGCUAAUAAUAUAUGUAUCCGUUUUAUUUUGUAUAUUUUACAAACGCAAGACUGCUUCUUGCCAAAAUUGAGAAAAUAUAUAUUAAUGUACUUGUGUAUAAGACAAAAUUUCAUGAAAGAUUCUACUUUUGGUAUAUAUUUUGACUCAUUUUGUUCUUUCGCUACACCUUGUCAACAUAUUAAAUAAUAGUGUUGCUUCGAACUUUUAUGAUAAAAACCGAUUUUCUAGACGUGUAUACAAAUAAAAAUAGUAAGUUUAUACUAUAAAUGAGUUUAUUUUACCUGUAUCGGUUUAAAUUCGCCGUUAAGUUGCAAAUAAUUCUGUUUGAGAACGCAAUAAUUGGGCAUUUCGCAACCAGGGCAGUUUCAGGGCAGUUUUGGCCUUGUUGUUGGGAAAUCAACUAGGCCUUCUGGGCUUGCUUCCUCCGCCCCGCCCCCAAAUCACCUAGUCCCAGUCUUUUCAUGUGAAAAAGCGCUGAAUAUUAAAAAAAUAUAAGUAAGACUAGAAGGCCUAGGUCUAGGCUGGUUCCCAGGGUCUUUCUCGUGAAGGCGCGCAAUAUAUUGCGUCGCCAUUUCGCAAAAUACAGAACUACAGAAGAAAUCGCGCAAAAUAGGCUGCCUAUUGGCGACGCAAUUCAGUCUCGGUUGCAGGGUUCUCAUUUUAAAGGAAACUUGAAAACCUGAAACUGAGGAAAUUUUGACCUUUUAAAGACACUUUUAAGGAAAUAGAACUCUUAAGGUCCUUAAGGGGGGACUUAACCUAAACUAUAUAAAAAAUAUCAAUUUUUGUUUUUUUGAAAAAUAGUCUACUUCAAUUAUCGUAGAAUCUUGUUUUAAUACUUUUUCUGUGAAAUCUGCCCGGAUUUUGCAUCUUUUUAGCAUUUGAACAACCAUGCUAAAAUUCAUGUACUAGUUACCAUGGUAACGGGAAUUUUUUUUUAUCCAUUUUCAUUGUUUUUUGCAUCUUUUUGACCAACAAAACUGUGAGCAAUAUAAACUAGCACUUACACAGUGUAUAACAUGACGUUUUAGACUUGUUUGGUGGGGCCGCAGGACCUGAUGGGAUACAUCUAAAAAUUAUUCAUGAGCUUGUAAAUUUUAUAAUAUUAUUGCUGGUAUUAUUGAGACAAAGUUUUUCACAUUUCGUGCCUGGAAAAAAGAAAAGAUCUGUUCACAGAAAGUCGAAGAAAGGAAGGCAGUUUACUGGACUUCAAGGAUAUACAAACAAAACGAAGACACAAGAAAAUGUACUAAUAAAUGAAGGUGAAUCGUCGGUGACACAACCAUCAACCAGUUCAGAGAUUGAUCAACCUUUGGAUUUGAGUGCUUCUAGGGCCAAAUUAAAACGUCGAACUAUUUCAAGUAGUUCAUCGGACAACUCUGAUGGUGGGAUAGACGACCCUGUUGAAGGAUAUAGGCUUGUAAAUGUUGCAAAAUUAGCUUCACUCUUUCAACUGAAACACAUGUUUGUGAGGGAGGUAAGAUGACUAACCUGGAUUGUGUAUACUGUUCCCUUGAUUACCAUAAAUAUUUUUUCCUUCAUUACUUUUUUCAAUUUGUUUGAUGGUAAAUUUUAUUUCUCCAUGUUUUUCAACACAAACUUUUCCCAUAUAUAAACAUUAUAUUGGCUAGCAAAGUGGACUUACCCACAGCACAAUUAUGUUUUAUAUAUUUAGUAUUUCACACCAGUUUUCAUUUAAUUAUUUCUGUAUACUAGGCCAUUUGAUUCUGAGCAAUGAUAGCAGUGCAAGAAAUGGUCUUAUGUCUGACCUCACCAUUAAGUGCAACAUAUGCUCUGAGAGUACACCAGUUGUUACCAACAUUGUUGUCAGUUUCGUAAAGAGGGAAGUCAUAUGAUGUGAACCGACGGGCAGUGUACCAUUCUCUGGAAACAGGAAGUGGUUAUGAAGGGCUUGUUACCUUUUGUAGUAGAUCAUGAACAUGCCAUGCUUGUCAUUACCAUCUUACCACAAAAUGGUUGAUACGAUUCUUGUGGCCGUGGAAGCAGAAGCCCAAGAAGAAAUGCAACUGGCAGGUCAAAGGGUUCAGGACUUCAUCUCAAAAGAAAAUAGAGAGCAAGCUAAUGAUGACACUGUUAUGGAUAUAGCUGUUUCUUUUGACAAGACUUGGGCGAAGCAGAGAUUUGCAUCCUUAAUGGGAGUAGUUUUUGUUAUUGCAUUGGAUACAGGGGAAGUUCUAGACUACCAUGCCCUCUCAAAAGAGUGUCGAAAGUGUGUGAUGAAGAGAAGUGUAGUGUCACCAUGGUAUUAA